AUGCCUGUCUCCCUCCACCCUCUCGUUGACAACGGCCUCACCAAGGGCAAUGAGAAUUUCCCCGGCGGAAACCUCUACUGUCUCUGCCCUCAGAACAAGGUCACAGUCGCCCUCAAGGGCAAUGUCGCCCACAACCACGCCUGCGGAUGCUCUAAGUGCUGGAAGCCCGCUGGCGCACUCUUCUCCGUUGUCGGUGUGAUCCCCAAGGAGAACCUCUCCGUGGCUGCCAACGCCGAAAAGCUCGAGAUCAUCGACAAGGCCGCCGCCAUCCAGCGUUACGCCUGCAAGGAGUGCGGCACUCAUUUGUUCGGACGCAUUGAAGUGGACCACCCCUUCAAGGGAUUGGACUUUGUCCACGUCGAGCUUUCGGACAAGAAGGGCUGGCAGGAGCCCCAGUUCGCUGGUUUCGUGUCCUCUAUCAUUGAGCAGGGCUUCAACCCCAGCGGAAUGGAUGAAGUUCGCUCCAAGUUCCAGUCGGUCGGCUUGCAGACUUACGAUGCCCUGUCUCCGCCGCUGAUGGAUCUCAUUGCCACAUACACCGGCAAGAAGUCCGGGAAGCUGUCUGCCAACCUGUAA